GAGCGCGAGUUUCUGUAGGCCUGAUAUAAUAUUUCAGACUGAAUGCUGGCUUGUUUAAGGAUUUUCAUGUUUGCAACAUAAAUUGCUUUAUACAUUUAUUUAUUUAUAAGGAGGGGCGAUCCUAUUCUUUAUAGCCACCUUGACAAAUCUGGAAGAGGUCGGGAAUUCAGAAAUUGCAAAAACAUAAUCUGUGCUUCCACACUCCGUAUGGCAGACUGAACUGCAGUUCUCGGUUUGGAUUGGUCAGUGCAACACAUCAGUCAUGUUAGCACGAAUGAGCAAGCUAGAUUGUAACCAGCUCUUUUCAGAAAUAGCACAGUCAGUGAAGUGUUUCAGGGUGAUAGCUUGCUAUAGAUAAAUCUAGGCACUCAAAGUGAUAUUAUCGAAGAGGUUUUUAGUCAAACAACGGGAUUUGGUUUUCUAAGUGGCUUUCGAAUUGAUCAGUUACAACCUAAGAACUAGAUAGUUAGCUAGCAAGCUAACCUAAUAUUGCAGAAGUCUGUUUUUGGUAGGGGGCUAGCUCGCUAGCUACUUUCAUCCCAACUUCAGAUAAAGUGACGUUAGCUUUCAUCCCAGUUCCUGGGUCUUCAAUUACUGGAGUCAUGUCCACGGCAGGAGACUUUGGAAACCCGCUGAGGAAAUUUAAAUUGGUGUUUUUGGGCGAACAGAGUGUUGGGAAGACAUCGUUGAUCACCAGGUUCAUGUAUGACAGCUUCGACAACACCUAUCAGGCUACAAUAGGAAUAGACUUCUUGUCAAAAACAAUGUAUCUUGAAGACAGAACAGUGCGACUGCAACUGUGGGACACAGCAGGACAGGAGCGCUUCAGGAGUCUGAUUCCUAGCUACAUACGUGACUCCACUGUGGCAGUGGUAGUCUUUGACAUCACAAAUGUAAACUCUUUCCAGCAAACCACAAAGUGGAUUGAUGAUGUCAGAACAGAGAGAGGAAGUGAUGUCAUCAUCAUGCUGGUGGGAAACAAGACUGAUCUUGCGGACAAAAGGCAGAUUACCACUGAGGAAGGAGAGCAGAGAGCGAAAGAGCUGAGUGUUCUGUUUAUCGAAACGAGCGCAAAGACAGGCUACAAUGUGAAACAGCUGUUCCGACGUGUCGCAGCUGCUCUGCCUGGGAUGGAGAGCACACAGGACAAGACCAGGGAAGACAUGAUCGACAUAAAGCUGGAGAAGCCUCCGGAACAGCCAGUCAGCGAGGGAGGCUGCUCCUGUUAAUGCCGGAGCCAUCGCUCCAUCUUUCGCUCCCCCUCCCCCCCCACUCCCGCUCUCUCUCUCUUUCAUCCAGCGCCUCUGCUUCUCUUCCGCCCCGUCAGCUGCCGGGGAAAAGAAGAACACUAGCAUUACACGUGUCCGUUGUCUUCGAGUCAUCCAUUCACUAAGAAGACCUUAAAAAGAUUUACAAGCACAAUGUGGAUGUGAAAUUUGUUUGUUUGUUUUGUUUUGUUUGUUUGUUUGUUUUUCUUAUUGUUUUUUGAGAAACGUCAGCCUUUUAGAUUGGUUACACUGAUUCAGCAGAUUUCAAACUGGAAAGAUUGUUUUCUAAACGCACUGUAAUUCCUUGUUUUGUUAACCAUUUGUAAAAUUGCUCUAAAUAAGCAAUUAAUCGAACAAGCUAUCCCAAAGUUGCAUUGGAAAACUUAUCGAUAUGAUAAUUUUUUUUAUUUUUAUUAUUGAUAUUGUUAGAUUUGAACAAACAUCAUUGGUUGAGGGGGUCAAUGAAGGUGUGCUGGUAUCAGGCAGUGAUUUGUGGUGAUGGUGAACUAACUUAAGCAGAGGAUUCCAGUUUUGUUUUUGGAUUUCUUCUAUCCCAAUAUGUAUGAGAUCAAUAAUCAAAUUAAAACCUGUAGUAGCAGCACCUGUCAACCUCCACUCAAAAAAUUGUAGAAAUGUGUUUAUGCAGUGUGGGAAUAAUUUAAAAGGCUGUGUUUAUAUAUAAAUACAUUAAUCAGACCACCACCUUUUCCCCUUCAGGGUGUAGUCAAAGAAUCCCUUGCCUUGGCUGCCAUGUUCGAUUGUAUCUUAUGUAAACUAUUUAGUCUUUUUUAAAGAAAUGCACAUGAGUAGAUACAAUAUAUGGGUAUUAGUACUCUAGUUAACAUGAGAAAAUUGUAAAUCUAGGAAAGUGUAAUUAAAUAAGUAACUAGACCUACAUAAAAUAUAUGCAGACAUAGCCUACUUUUUUUAAUGCAUUAAUUACUAUAGGGCUUCCACUGUUUUUUUGUUAGCUUUGUAAAAUUUGAUUUAACAUUGUCAUACUAGCAGUAGCAAGGUCUUUUGUUAUCAAGAAAUAUUUAACAUAUUCAUUUGAUCAAGCAUUUUCUGUUAUUUAUUUCUACAGGAUCUUUUUUUUUUAUUGUUCUUCUAAAACCGUGAAUAAACACUCAGUGAGAACUUUAUUAGGUAUUUAUUAGACUUAUUUGUUUAACUUAUUGGUAUUUUUCUGCUGUAGCCUAUCCACUUAGAGGUUUGACGGGUUGUGUGUUGAGAUGCUCUUCUGCAUACCACCGGUCUGGCCCUUCUCUACUGACUUCUCUCAUUAACAAGGUAUUUUUGCCUUUCGCACCAUUCUCUGCACACUCUAGAGGCUGCUGUGCAUGAAAAUCCCAGGAGAUCAGCAGUUUCUGAGAUGCUCAAUCCACGCUGUCUGGUGCCCACAAUCAUCCCACCAUCAAAGUCGCUUGGAUCACAUUCCUUCCCCAUUAUGACAUUUGGUGUGAAAAACAGCUGUACCUCUCGACCAUGUCUGCAUGUUUUCAUGCUUUUAGUUGCUGCCGGAUGAUGUGGAUGUGGCUGAUUUAAAUAUUUGCAUUAACAAGCUGGUGUAUGUGUCUGCGUAAUAAAGUGCUCACUGAGUGUAUGUUUCCUAAUAAUGAGCGUUUUGCACCGAUUCUAUUAGCAUAUCUUUGCGCACAGAGAAAGGCUAAAAAAUCCGUUUAUCAUUGCCCCUCUCCCAGUGACAGAUGUAUCAAUAAUUGAUUUAUUACGGUGUUUUCCAUGAAAAGUCUAGUUGUUUUAAUUACUGUACCUUUAGGUUAUUUUAUUUUAAUUUUAAAUGAAAAGUAAAAUGUCACUGCUAUAUGUGCUGUAAAGCACACAGGCUCUGCACUGCUAAACUCCAUUGUGGCACAACUGUGUGUCUUGUCAGCUACUAUAAAGAUCUGUAUUUAGUAACUAUGGAAAAUGGCUUUUUUUUUGUUAAAUAAAAAUAAAUUAAAAUCCUA